AUGGCAACCAAGCCCGAAAGCAACAAGCUGAUGCUCAGCGAGCGAGAGAUGGAGAUCCUCUCCAACGCCUGGAAAUGCAUGAAGAGCCAGCCUGAGAUCGACUACACCAAGCUGGCCGCCGAGUGCGGCAUGACCAACGUCCGCAGCGCCUCCAACGCCUGGGGUGCUAUUAAGAAGAAGCUCUUCUCCGACAUGGUCACGCCGUCCCCCGCCAGCGCCAAGAAGCGCAAGACCCCUGCCAGCAAGGCCGCCGGCGUCAAGAACGAGGACGAAGACGAUGACGAGCCCGACGCCGCCAUGGAGACGCCGACCAAGAAGCGUAGCCGCGCCAAGCCCAAGCCCAAGGCCGCCAAGGUCAAGAAGGAGGAGGUCAAGGACGAGGUCAAGGACGAGGGCGAGGACGAGAAGUCCGGCGUCAAGAAGGAGAAUGCCGAGGAGGAUGACGGCUCCGAUGGAUCUCCUGGUAGCCGGGCCUAUAUGGGUUAG